GGACAUGUACUGCAUGGAGCACUGGGUGUUAUAUGAAAACAGUGAAUCGUGGAUCACUACAUUAAAAACUAAUAACGUAUUGUAUGGUGACUAACAUAAAAUUAAAUUAAAAUAAAAUAAAUAAAAUAAAAUAAAAUAAUCUCCUUUUCUUUAACUUUUGAGAGUUUAAUUAUAUUGUGUCUUAGUGUAGGUCUCUUUGGAUUCCUCUUUUGGAGAUCCCAUGGGCUCCCUGGAUGUAGCUGUCUCUUUCUCUAAGUUGGGUGGUUUUCUGUUAUUUUUUCAAAUAAGCUUUCUGACCCCUUUCUCUCUCUCUUCUCCUGGGACCCCUAUAAUAUUAGUCUGCUUGAUGGAGUCUUAUAAUUCUCUUAAGCUAUCUUCACUCUUUUUCAUUAUUUUUUCUUUUUGCUUCUCUGAUUGAAUGAAUUCUUCCUUUCUGUCUUUGAGUUUGCUGAUAUUUUCUUCCACUUUAUCUAGUCUGCUCUGUUAACUUUUUCAACUUAGUUACUUUUUCAGCUUUGAUUUCUGUUUGGUACUUUUUAAUAUUUUCUAUCUCAUUGUUGAAAUUCUCACUUUGUCAUGCAUUGGUCUCCUGACCUUGGUAAGCAUCUUUUGACCAUUAUUUUAAACUCUUUAUCAGAUAAAUCACUUAUCUCCAUUUUAUUAGGGUCUAUUUCUGGGGUUUUAUCUUGUUGUUUUGUUUAGAACAUAUUCUUCUGUUUCUUCAUUUUUCUUUCCCUCUGUGUUGGUUUCUGCAUAUUAGAUACAACAGCCACCUCUCCCAGUCUUGAUAGAGUGGUCUUGUGUAAGAGAUGAACCUUAUCAUUCAGCUCAGCCUUAGCUCUUGGCUGUCACUCAAACCUUUGUGAUUUUUCUAAGCCACUUUCUGUGGUUUUAGCGGCUUCCAGUAGUUGAAGGUGUGUCAAGACCUGUCAGUCUCCCAAAGGGGAGGAUCUUAGUCAGCACCUAGAUGGAGGCUGAUUGGAAGCCAGACCCUUGGUUAACAGCUUUUAAAGUAUGCAAGCAGACUUCUUUCCAGGAAAGACUGGGAGCUGGGCAUUUCUGUGUGCUCCCUUUGCACUGAGCCUUGGGUAGAUAGCCAAUUAAGAAGCAUUUCUUUGUUUGUUACUGUCCUAUGGAAUCUGGAACUAAAGCCCCACUGGCUGCCAGAGCCAGGUGAUCAAGGGGUGAUCAAGCCAGGUGAUCCCCUGGACAGCAGCCACAAAAGCCAGAGUGGUAGGCAUGUAUACAAGUUCAUUCCAGGAAUACACCAAUGACCUGAGUGGGCCAGAGGGAGAAUGUGCAGAUGGUGCCCACUGGCUUUCUUCAUCUCUGGGGAGGAUUGCAGUCUGUCCCUAGAUGUGUGCCAAAAUAGAAGCCUGACCUUCAAGAAGCAGCUUUUAAUGUAUGCAAAUAGGUUUUUUCUAGAGAAAGACUAGGAUAUGGGUGUUUCUGUCUGCUGUCUCUGUACUAGACCUGAGUUUUCCACAGUGAGUCUUCAUAAGCCCAUUAAGAACUGUUUCGAGCCGGGCUGGUACCACCAUGUUCUCUUGGGCAGGCGUCGCUGGGCCAAGUUCGAAAUAUGGCAAAUUUAAAAGAUAUUACCAGGCGACUAAAAUCAAUCAAAAACAUCCAGAAAAUCACCAAGUCUGUGAAAAUGGUAGCAGCAGCAAAAUAUGCCCGAGCUGAGAGGGAGCUGAAACCAGCUCGAGUAUAUGGGAUAGGAUCUUUGGCUCUGUAUGAAAAAGCUGAUAUUAAGGUGCCUGAACACAAGAAGAAACACCUCCUUAUUGGUGUGUCCUCAGAUCGAGGGCUCUCUGGUGCUAUUCAUUCCUCGGUUGCUAAACAGAUGAAAAGUGAGGUGGCCACGCUCACAGCAGCUGAGAAAGAAGUCAUGCUUGUUGGAAUUGGUGAUAAAAUCAGGGGUAUACUUCAUAGGACUCACUCUGACCAGUUUCUGGUGUCCUUCAAAGAAGUGGGAAGAAAACCUCCUACUUUUGGGGAUGCGUCCGUCAUUGCCCUUGAACUACUAAAUUCUGGACAUGAAUUUGAUGAAGGGUCUAUCAUCUUUAAUCAGUUCAGGUCUGUCAUCUCCUACAAGACAGAAGAAAAGCCCAUAUUUUCCCUUGAAACCGUUGCAAGUGCUGAGAGCAUGAGUACCUAUGAUGAUAAUGCUGACGUGCUGCAGAAUUACCAAGAAUACAAUUUGGCCAACAUCAUCUACUGUUCUCUAAAGGAAUCCACCAUGAGUGAGCAAAGUGCCAGGAUGACGGCCAUGGACAACGCUAGCAAGAACGCUUCCAAGAUGAUUGACAAACUGACCUUGACAUUCAAUCGCACCCACCAGGUUGUCAUCACGAAAGAGUUGAUUGAAGUCAUUUCCGGUGCAGCAGCUCUGGAUUAAUGAAAACCAAGUUUCAUCCUCAGACAAGAUAUAAAGAAGGAAAAUUCAGCCAGCUGGUUUUAUUUUUAGCUUACUGCUGUCCUUGUCGGAAGAAAUUGUUGGUCCAUUGUUUAAACUACUAAAGACCGCAAGAUGUUUAUAAAUUAUCUUACAAUAAACUACUUAC